CUAAAUACCGAGGAAACGACAUUCGUUUGUUUAGUCGAUUGGCAGCUCGAUAAUAAAUUAGGGUUACCAUGGGGAUACUCUGGUGUUGUUUGGAGUGAAUAACGGGACAACGACAGCUCUCCCAAAGUCAAUUUUCCGAGGAAAGAGUGAAAAGAAUUGGGAUAUUUGAUGAUACUUGAUUGAUCAACGAUAUGUCAUCCUUAGAGGAAGCUUCGGUAAGUUUGACCAGAACUAUGCGACCGCAAGAAAUGGAAUGGGACCAGACCAGUACCACGGCUCUGAUACAAAUGUACAAAGAGAGAAAUUGCCUCUGGGAUACCAGCCACGAAUUUUAUAAGAACCGAAGACAGCGCCGCGAGGCGCUCAUGGAAAUGGCACAUCGUUUCAACUGCGCGCUGGCCGACGUUGAAAAGAAAUUGUACAUGCUCAGAAGCUCGUUUCGAAAGGAAUAUCGCAGGUGGAAUUACGCAAAGUUAACAGCUGGUCCGAACAACGCGAACUUAGUUAGAAAACCGCAGUGGUUUGCGUUGGAUCUGCUGAUGUUUUUGAAGGACGACGUUGCUAAGAAAUCGUUGACCCCGUUGAACCCUAACGCACCCUUAAAAACCGAUAUGAAUCAAGAAUUGGAUAUUGCCAAUUCGGACAUUCAGAACGUGUUUUACUACGACAGCGAAAACAGCACGUUAACGCCCUUAGAACCGGGAGAAGUACCCUUGGAUUACAAUGUGCAGCAAGGUGGUAUCCCCGAGGCGCAAAAACAAUCACCAGGAUCAACAGCUAGUAAGAGAAAUUCAAGCGGCGAACCGGCGCUUCUGGAAUUGACUAGCAAACGACCGAAGUUACGAGGGGACGUUGACGAUCCGAGAAUACGAGUGAUCAAGGCGAACGAUGUACAAGAGAAAGACGGUUUUGCUGCGUUUGGAAACUUUGUCGCUGAGGAGCUGAAGAAUAUUAAAGACAGCAGCCAAAUUCAAUUAGCAAAGUUGCGAAUUCAUCAAAUACUCUUCGAUGCUACUCGGAGUUUUUUGAAAGUUCCUAUACCUAGAUUGUAGAUCACUGCUACCCAUAAGUUCAGUACAAUCAUACCCCUGCCGCUAUUUCAGUAUCGUAAUAUUAAUGGCGGACUGAUAUGUUAAUUCAAGUAUAAUUGUGCGUUUGAUUCAAUCUAUACUGUACCAUGUCCACCUCUAAAAAUUUAGGAAUAAAUCAAGUACUAUUGCAUUCCUGAUAAACACAUCUGUAUAGUAGCUUAGGUACCAUACCUUUUAAUGGCACUCAUAAAAUGGCAGGAAAUUUCAGAUAAUAAAUUAUGCAAACAUCUUAUAGACUUUCCACAAUUAGCCAUAUAAGUCUCCGUGUACAGAA